AUGGCUGAACAAAGUGGUCCUUUCUCUUUUCCGAAAGAAGAGGAAAAAAUCCUCGAAUUUUGGAACGAAAUCGAUGCUUUUCACACUUCGCUCGAGCUGAGUAAAGACAAACCCGAGUUUUCAUUUUUCGAUGGACCACCAUUUGCGACCGGUACUCCACAUUAUGGUCACAUUCUUGCGUCCACGGUCAAGGACAUCGUGCCAAGAUAUGCGACCAUGAACGGGUACCACGUCGAUAGAAGGUUCGGUUGGGACACUCACGGGCUCCCCAUCGAGCACAUUAUCGACAAGAAACUCGGCAUAAAGAGCAAAGAAGACGUUUACAAAUUAGGAAUCGAUAAGUACAAUGCGGAAUGUAAAGCGAUUGUCAUGACGUAUGCGGAAGAAUGGAGACGAACUAUCGGACGUAUGGGUCGUUGGAUCGACUUUGACAACGAUUACAAGACGAUGUAUCCUUCAUUCAUGGAAUCCACUUGGUGGGGGUUCAAGCAGCUUUUCGAGAAGGGGCAAGUUUACCGUGGUCACAGGGUCAUGCCUUACUCUACGGGCUGUACUACACCCUUGAGUAACUUCGAGGCACAACAGAACUACAAAGAAGUCAACGAUCCCGCUGUGACCAUUGGAUUUAAAGUUGUUGGUCAAGAAAAGACGUAUUUGGUCGCAUGGACCACUACGCCUUGGACUUUACCUUCGAAUUUGGCCCUCUGUGUCAACGCCGAUUUCGAAUACGUUAAGAUCUAUGAUCAAAACAGGGACAAGUAUUUUAUCUUAGUUGAGUCCUUGAUCAAAACUCUUUACAAGAAGCCAUCUAAUGAGGAUUUCAAGGUUGUCGAGAGAUAUAGCGGCAAAGAUUUGGUCGGCUGGAAAUAUGAACCUUUGUUCGAUUAUUUCGCUAAAGAUUUUGGCGAAAAGGCAUUCAGAGUCAUUUCGGACAAUUACGUGACCAACGACUCCGGUACUGGUAUUGUUCACAAUGCGCCUGCCUUUGGUGAAGAGGAUUUCAACGUUUGUUUGAAGGCCGGCAUUUUCUCCGAGGAUGAUGAUAUUCCCAACCCUGUAGAUGAUAACGGUAAUUUCACAAGUGCUGUGAGCCAUUUUGCCGGCAUGUACGUGAAGGCUGCCGAUAAAGAAAUCAUCAAAUUUUUGACUGCGUCAGGAAAUCUGUUGUUGGCUUCUCAAAUUCGCCACAGCUACCCAUUCUGUUGGAGAUCAGACACUCCCCUCUUAUACAGGACAGUUCCAGCUUGGUUUGUGCGUGUGAAGCCUAUUAUCCCACAAUUCCUAGACUCUGUCGGCAAAUCUCGUUGGGUUCCGCAUAUCAUCAAAGAAAAAAGAUUCGCCAACUGGAUUGCCAAUGCUCGUGAUUGGAAUGUUUCUAGAAACAGAUACUGGGGUACUCCAAUUCCACUCUGGGUCUCUGAAGACUACGAGGAAAUUGUUUGUGUUGGUUCUGUCGAGGAACUUGAGAAAUUGUCAGGCGUCACAGGUAUUACCGAUUUGCACCGUGAUUCUAUCGAUAACAUAAGAAUUCCCUCUAAGCAAGGAAAGGGUGAACUGAAAAGAAUUGAGGAAGUUUUUGACUGCUGGUUCGAAUCUGGUUCCAUGCCCUUUGCGUCCCAACAUUACCCAUUCGAAAACACCGAAAAAUUUAAAGAUAGAGUUCCAGCGAAUUUCAUCUCUGAAGGUUUGGAUCAAACGAGGGGUUGGUUUUACACUUUGGGUGUUUUGGGUACUCAAAUAUUCGGUACUGUUCCUUACCAAAAUGUUAUCGUUACGGGUAUCAUCUUGGCUGCCGAUGGUAAAAAAAUGUCCAAGAGUUUGAAAAAUUAUCCUGAUCCGAACUUGAUCUUGAACAAAUACGGUGCCGAUGCUUUGAGACUUUAUUUGAUAAAUUCUCCUGUCCUAAAGGCCGAGUCGUUAAGAUUCAAGGAAGAAGGUGUCAAGGAAGUCAUUUCUAAAGUUUUGCUACCAUGGUUGAACUCUUUCAAGUUCUUGGAAGGUCAAAUCUCUUUGCUGAAGAAAACCUCGAAUGUGGAUUUCAGUUUCAACCCUCAUCUCAAAAGUGAGAAUAUCAUGGACAGAUGGAUCAUGGCCUCACUGCAAACUUUGAUCAAGGACAUUCACAGCGAGAUGCAGGCCUACAAACUAUACGCGGUUGUUCCUCAGUUGUUGAGCUUUAUCGACUUGAUGACCAACUGGUACAUCCGUUUGAAUCGUCGUCGUUUGAAAGGCGAAAACGGCGUUGAGGACUGUUUGGUUGCGUUAAACACGCUAUUCGACGCUCUGUUCAAUUUCCUAAGUGCGAUGGCCCCUUUCACGCCAUACCUUUCCGAUAACUUAUAUCAGAAGAUGAGAGACUUCAUUCCAAAAGACGUUUUGUCGCAGUACUGUAAAGACGACAGAUCUGUGCAUUUCUUGCUUUACCCAACGGUGAGACAGGAAUUUUUCGACGAGGCGAUCGAAAGAACCAUGUCCAGAAUGCAAGCCGUCAUCGAGCUUGGUAGAGUCAUUCGUGAGAAGAAGACUAUUUCUUUGAAAACGCCUUUGAAGAGUUUGGUGAUCAUCCACAGUGAUCCGGCGUACUUGAAAGACGUCGAAUCUUUGAAAGGCUACAUCAUUGAGGAAUUGAAUGUGCGUGAUUUGAUCAUUACGUCAGAUGAAGCCGCAUAUGGUGUCGUAUACCAAGCGUUGGCGGACUGGCCUGUUCUAGGUAAAAAGCUAAAGAAAGACGCCAAGAAGGUCAAGGAUGCUUUACCAUCUGUGUCGUCUGAACAGGUGAAACAGUACCUUGAGACAGGGAAGAUAGAAGUUGCUGGAAUCCCACUGGUCAAAGGCGAUCUUGCCGUCUCCAGAGCUUUGCCGGGCGACAAAGUGGGCGAAGGACUCGAGUCUCGUACCGAUCAAGACGUUUUGAUCAUCUUGGACACCAAAAUUUACGACGAUUUGAAAACCGAAGGUUUGGCGCGUGAAUUGAUCAACAGAAUUCAAAAACUAAGAAAGAAAUGCGGUCUGGAAGCCACUGACGAUGUUUCCGUGCAAUACGAGAUCGUCAAGGAUACCAUUGAUUUCGAUACCGUUGUGAAAUGUCAUGCUGAAAUGUUGGCAAAGGUUUGCAGAUCCGAUAUCACCAAAUUCGAUGGCUCUCGCACCGAAGGUGAAAUCGCCGACGAAGAACAGUCUAUCAAUGACACCAUCUUCAAAUUGAAAAUAUUUAAGUUAUGA